AUGUUUAUCAACAGUGCCGCUUCCAGGCAAAUGAUCCGUGUGCAGAUAAGGUCGCUUCGCGGAGAAACAAUGGACGUGGAAGUUCCCAGGGAGUGUACUGUGGGUCAGUUGCGUGAAUUUCUCAUUGGAUAUUACGGCUACCCGCCGGCGACGUCUCUUGUCUACGGCAGUUAUGUCGUUGGGGAUGAGUGUCUUGUGGAGGAGUUUCCGUUUGGGUCGCUUGUUCUUGUAACGUCUUUGGAUGGGGCUCAGAGGGGUUACCCGGCACAGCAGCAGCAAAUCGUGGCACCGCAGCAACGUGGUCAACAUUUUUACAACCAACAGCGCCAACAACAACAACGUUCUCAAAAUCAAGGACACGGAAAACUGCAACAGCCACAACGGGAGCCUUUUAACCCCUUUUUUCCAGUCGGAGACAAACAACAAAAACAACAACAACAACAAGAAGAUCGAUCUGUCUUUGAUUCUCGUGAGCCAAAGAAAGAAUCGGCGGCUUCAGUGUCCAAACAUUUCCACAGUCGAACAGAUUCGAAUUCCAUGGCUUCCGGCGGAACUACAACACCACGCAUAGGCAACGACAACAAACAGCCUGGCUGCCAUGGUGAAAAAUUGAGAUCGUUUUCGUGUCAGUCUUCGCCUCCUCCUCCUCAAAGAAGCCCACACGACACUGUACCCAGUGGAAAGACCAGCCCUUCUAAAUUUGUGAGGAAUGCUUUCCCUUCAACUGUUCCAGUGGAAAGCGGAGAUGGCAAGGGCUCACUGGACAGGACGCCUCGCAAGAAUUCACAAAGUACACCUUCGAUAGAUGCGUCGAGGACUCCUCGGGAUACCAAUAUUGAGGUGACUAGAGGGGUAUCAGAAGAAGCGGGUGACACGGCAUCUGUGGCGUCGCGGAUAUCGGUAAAAUGUAUGGUUCCUGCGCUUAAGAAGAGCAUUAACCUAGAGCUGCCUGGUGAUGCCACGCUGGGUGACCUGUUGUUGGAGGUUGUAUCGCAAGAACCACGUCUUGCUGGAUCCAAAGUAGUUUUUCGUGGGAAACUGCUGAGUGGGUCAGACGCGAAGCUCAACGCGUAUGGGAUCUACGCUGAUGCACUUCCCUCGUCAUUGAGCCUGACAAAUCCCGACGCGUCAGGUGUGUACACUCUUUUCUUUGCAUCAGGUGAAUACAGCGAACCCCAGAAAGUUAUGCUUCUGGAGAUUGAGGCAGACACGGCAUGUAUAGAGUCCAUUAUUAAGGAUGGAGAAUUAACAAUUCAGCAGCGUCGUGGUUACUACGAGGAGCUGAUGCGCAUUCUUUUUAGAACGGACAAUCUGCAGGAACUUGAGGGCGAGUGGCGUUCCAGGCGAAAGGAUGCCGUAAUGCGGGCGACACGGAUUCAGGACGUACUUAAUGUAGACGUCAAUUCUUAG